AUGUCAUACUACUUUUGCAUCGUAGGAACAAGAGAUAAUCCAAUCUAUCAAGCUGAUUUGGCGUCCAAACCGGCAGGUUUUGGGCGGUAUAACGAUAAACAUGUUUUACAAAUGAUCGCUCAUAGCUCUUUGGACGUUGUGGAAGACAAGCAAUUUUCUAACAACAAUGCAAUGUAUCUCAAAGCUGUCGAUCGAAUGAACGAAUGGACAACUUCGGCUUUCAUCGCUCCAGGGAAUAUCAAAUUUCUCAUCUUACACGAACAUAAACUUGAUGACGGAAUAAGGAACUUCUUCUUUGACGUUUGGGAAUUGUUUGUCAAGGUUAUGAUGAAUCCUUUUCAUGAUCUAAAUCAACCUAUUCAAUCUGCUUCUUUUGAUGCAAAAGUACGAGCAAGCGCACGCAAGCAUCUAUAA